AUGGCUGACGAUUCGAACGCCAUAUUACGUCGUCGCUCGUCUCUGCGUCAGCAGCGUCGUCUCUCUCUACAGCAUGAAAACAAUUCCUGGGCUGCGCCUCCCUCUGGGACCAUCUACGCUGGUCUAUCGACGUUAGUCGAGGACGGAACGGUGACAAUUGCAAUCGCCAUUCGCGAUACCACCUAUCUCUUAGACUUCAUUCAAGAAUCGCUCUCCCUAAAAGAUGGCCAGUCGUUAUGCCCCGUGCUGGAGAAAUUCGUGAUAAACCAAUUGCAAGAAUGGAGUGACAUCCAUAUGGAGAAGUUCAUUGGUCUAGCAAUGCCAGAGCGCAUCGCGAAAAAAUGCCCCAGCCUGUGCUCAAGGCUCUGGGCUGAGCUUGAUAUCAUACCUCUAGUGCUCCCCGAAGGAAGUAGAAGGGAGGGAGAUGAUAAGUUCACUUUUGGUAUUCCUGACAGCAAGACCUGGAAGGUUAGAGGCAUUGACGAACAGGCCGAAUCAAUGGGCCGCAAAUGUGUUCGUUUGUUUGGCCCAGAGAAUAUUCCUCUGCUUCAGGUCGGCUUCCUUGGUAUAGUCGAGGUCGACACGGCAUUCCAUGUGCGCUUGACCAACCUGGAGGACUUUGAGAAAACGGUUUAUCCCAAGACCUGGAAGGCAGUUCAACAUUAUGCGAAUGACCUCAAGGAAAGAGAAACGAAAAUUGCCUUUUUCAGUGCCACCCCUCAAGGUGGAGGUGUAGCCCUCAUGAGACAUUCUCUUGUGAGAUUCUCUUAUUCGUUGGGAACCGAUAUCACAUGGUACGUGCCCAAACCACGGCCGGGCGUCUUCCGUGUAACCAAAAACAACCACAACAUUUUGCAGGGUGUCGCUUCCCCUGAGGAGAGGUUGAGCGAGGAGGACUGGGCACAGGUGACGGAGUGGGUCAAUGAAAAUGCGAAGAGAUACUGGUUGAUCCCUGGAGGCCCUCUGCAACACCCCAAAGACGGGGGUGCCGACGUGGUCAUCAUUGAUGACCCGCAGAUGCCCGCGUUAAUUCCCAUCGCGAAGCAAAUUGCUCCGGACCGACCGGUUAUCUUUCGCAGUCACAUCCAACUUCGCAGUGACUUGAUUGACGAACCGGGGACUCCGCAGGCAGAAGCUUGGGGGCGAAUCUGGGAAUACAUAAAACUUGCAGAUAUCUACAUUAGUCACCCCGUGAAGUCCUUCGUGCCUAAGAACGUGCCCCGAGAGAAGGUGGGAUACAUGCCUGCGUCGACGGACUGGUUGGAUGGUCUGAACAAGAACAUGCGAGAAUGGGACAUUGCCUAUUAUGGCCGGGUUUUUAACUCCUUUUGCAGAAACUCGGGCAUGCCCACGAUUGACUACCCUGAAGAUGAAUAUAUCGCUCAGAUUGCACGCUUUGACCCGUCGAAGGGCAUUCCAGAGGUUGUAGAAUCGUACGUGAAAUUCCAUCGGCGGUUCACCGCUGCGUUUCCCGACAGACGGGCCCCCAAGCUGCUGAUAUGCGGCCACGGCUCUGUUGAUGAUCCAGACGGUACGGUGAUCUACGAUGCAGUAGUCACCCACAUCGAGGAAAACCUCCCGGAUCUCGCCGAGCAGAUUUGCGUUGUGCGACUGGGUCCGUCAGAUCAGCUGCUAAAUGCCCUUCUCUCCAAGGCUAAGGUGGCUCUACAAUUGUCUACACAGGAAGGAUUCGAAGUGAAAGUGUCCGAAGCCAUUCACAAAGGAACACCAGUCAUCGCAACCAGGGCUGGUGGCAUCCCUCUUCAAGUGGCUGAUAAACAGAAUGGUUUCCUCGUGGAGGUGGGGGACACCGACGCCGUGGCCCAGCAUUUGUUGGACCUCUGUACGGACGAUGAGCUGUACGAACGCAUGCACAAGUUCGCACUCAACAAUGUAUGCGACGAAGUGAGCACCGUCGGCAAUUCACUGAACUGGCUUUACAUGGCUUCAAAGCUGUCCAAGUCCGAAGAGAUUAAGCCAAACGGGCGAUGGAUCAACGACAUGGCUCGCGCCGAGGCGGGCCAAGAGUACACCAGCAAUGAAAGCAGAUUGGUGCGGGAGCUUUGCCCCCAGAAUGGUGUGAACGGGCACUAA